ACAGGACGAAAUCUCGCACGUUUGUCUCGGGGUUUGUUUUGAAAAAUUGCGCCAAGAAACCCUUCAUGUUGCAAUCUUUACUCCCCUGUCGUCAGUUUCCAGCUAGUUUCAGUAUUUGUCGUGCCCAGACGAAGUGUUUUUGGCGGCGGUUCUGUGUUUUCUCUGGUCGGUGUGGUAGUGAAGGUGGGGAGGGGGGCGGCAGACGACAGCCCAGACUUGCAGUGUUUCCUCCGGGUGGAAGACAUCUACAGAAUCAGAACAACAUGGCGGAAGAAUUGCGCCACGUCAAGAAACGAAAGAAAGGCCAGACUUUCAGCAACAACAUGGCAAACUUCUACCUGCAGGUGAUCGGUGCAGGGUCCCGCGACACAUGUCCUGCUCUCUUCGUCUUCAGCGAUAGUAAAAGAUAUCUUUUCAACUGCGGAGAAGGGACUCAGAGAAUUAUGAUGGAACACAAGUAA